UUGCUAAGAAGGUUAAAACACCAAGUGCUAGUACCUUGUCGGGGUGCCUGUUCGGUAUUUUCUUUGCAUGAUUCGUUGCGUCGGUGUGUAUUCGUGAUUACUUAUCAACGGCAAACUGUGGUUAUGCAGAUUGGUAUUGCUGUUAAUGUUUUAAUCAUUGAAACUUCUUGUACUAAAAAUUCAUUGUCGCUGGCCAUGGUCCGUUUAAUUGACAAGGUGUUGAGAGGCUCUAAUGAAGAAGUGCGUACACAAACAGAUAUUAUCUCUAGACUUUAUGGCGAAUCGGUUGCAAAAAAUCCUUCGAUUUACCGCUUUUUGGUGAAAAAGGUAGAAACGGUUGUAAAUGUUACUUCAGAUUCUCGAAAUGAGGAAACUCAGUCAACAGACGAAAAUCUAAUUAAUUUGCUAAAAGCUAUUGAUAUGUGCCGCGUGGAAUUAACUACUCAUUUUCUUUGCCAGUUCCUGCUAAAUUUCAUUACCUGCUGUAAAAGCUCUGCAUCAACAACGCGUCAACGACAUAUCAUACGUUUGAAUGGAACAAAUUUGCUUAUUAAGCGUUUGAUGUUAUACAUGAAAGGAUCAGAGUAUUGUCCCAAUGUUGAUGUUAUUUGUUCUAUACUCAUUCUUUUAUUUGCUAGAGAUAAGCUGUUUUGUUUGAAAGCUCGAUUAUGUGGUUUAAUCUCGCUAUUUCAAAAGAAUUUGUUAUCAAUUGCGAAGGAUCGAAGGAUAUCUGUUAUGCAAGUAUGUUGCUGCUCCAUUCGCUCAGUGCCUAAUGCGCGAAUAUUUGGUAAAAAUGAAAAUCUUAUGAGCGAUUUGAUUAAAGCGAUUGUUGAUUUUUCGGAUGCAGAAAUUGUGGUUCGCCUCAUGGAAAUACUUUACAUCAUCAUAAAAUUCAUCUCACACAUUUUUGCAGAAAAUAGUGUGAUAAUGACUAUACUGGAAUCCAACGAUAUUUUGAAUAUUUUGACACGACAGUUUAAGAAAUAUUUCAAACCACGUUUCUGUUCAUCGGAGUUCGUUGACUUGGAAAUUUGCUUGUUCACAUUGGCAUCGCUUAGGAAUUUAACGAAAUUAAGACGUAAUCGAGAGCGAUUAAAAGAAACUGGCGCACUACAAAUUUUUUAUUCGGCUAUCUCGACUAUUUACAAUUAUGAAGAAUAUGGCAGUGAUUUUGCGUCAAAAAAGUAUUACAUGAAAGUACAGGUAAUGUCAGAUUUUUAA